AUGGAAAACCAUUUCAUCGUCUUGAUCCUCAUUGCAAUCUGGGAAACUGGCCUUCCAGAAGAUCCCUGUAUAUGCGAUCUAGCCACUACUGAUGGUGUGAUUCCCUGCCUUUUCGAGGUAGACGAAAAUUACACGUUGACAUCUUCAUCAUGCACGUGCCUGAAUUCCACAUUUGUAAUGGAAUUGAACACUACCAGCGGUAUAAUUUCAUGCUAUGAUCCUAGCCCAGAAGUUCCAAAUCCCUGCGCUGAUUGGAACACAGAUGGCAUAUGUGACGAUGAACUCAACCUAAGAUGUACUGCAACUGUACUGUCUUCAUCCCAAAUCAAAAUAGUGAAGUACGCACUAUACUUCCUUGCCUUCUGGAUUAUCCUCUGGUGCGUCGUGACAGUGAUUGUGAACAUUUUACAUAAAAAUAAUGGACACCAACGCAUCAUCCAUCUUUUCGAGGAGAUUGCCAUUGCGCUCCUUGCAGUGGUAAUAUUCGUUCUUAACACCUCAUUUUCAUCAAAUCAGAAUAUUUGUAAAUUUGUUGCGAUUUUCGCUCAUUUCUUCAUGGUCCUCAUCAAUGCGGCUUUUCUUAUGGAAUCGACUUUUGCGAAAACAAUGGUCCAUGGCAACUCAAAGAAAAAUGGCUCGGCAUUUCCAGUACUCAACUAUAUUCUUCCAGUUCUUAUAGCCCUAAUUCCUACCCUAGUCACGUAUUUCGUCAUGAAAAACCAUUAUGCACUCUCAGGAAGAUUUUGCUUCUCAACAGCCCCGGGAGAUAUGUUCUGGGCUUUCGUCAUUCCCAAUUGGAUUCUGAUCUUCUUAGCAGGACUUCAAUCACAGUUAAGUUGUCUAGCUUGUGACAAAACCUCAGCCACACAGGAUCAGCAGCAGUGCUUCUGGGCGAAGAAAUCAGCAAAAUCACUUCUGAUGUUUGCAUUACUUCUCUUCACUUUGUGGCUACUUGUACUGUUUGCUGGGAAUGAACAGCCCGAUUUGAAGGACGAUGGAGAAGCCGCUCCCGUACCAGACAAGAAACCACCUUCACCAGUGCCAGAACCUCCUGCCGUUCCAUUCGUCCCGGAAAGCAAGGAUCAGCCAGGACGUACUGAAUCGUCCUAUUUCUACGCAUGGUUGACGUCUUCCGACCGGUCAAAGAGAGCCAGCGACAUCCUCUUUCGCCCUAAAAUAGCUUGA